AUCUAGAUUACACCGUAGUGAUUUUUUUCAGCAGGGGUGGUGGCUGCAGUUUUCUCCAAAACUUCCAGUCCGAGAAAGCAUGGGAAUGUAGCAAAGUAACUUCAAAAUAACUUAAAUUAGACUAACUGAACACAUUCGACAAUAGUUGUAAAAGCUAUACCAACAAGUCAGUCAGACACGUUAUUCAAAGACUUUCUACUGAGUUUUGUAGCAACUAAGAUUAAUUUCGGACAAAGACAGACUGAAUAGCUAGCUACUACUGUAGCUAGCCAGUUAGCUACAACGUUAGUAAACGAAAGGGUCAGACAGACUCCUCUGCGACGCAAUGCAGGCCAUAAAGUGUGUCGUCGUUGGGGACGGAGCGGUGGGUAAGACAUGCCUGCUUAUAAGCUACACCACCAAUGCCUUUCCAGGAGAGUACAUUCCCACAGUGUUUGACAACUACUCUGCCAAUGUGAUGGUGGAUGGUAAGCCGGUCAACCUGGGUCUCUGGGAUACAGCAGGACAGGAAGAUUAUGACAGACUUCGUCCUUUGUCCUACCCACAGACUGAUGUCUUCCUGAUCUGUUUUUCUCUGGUGAGCCCUGCCUCAUUUGAGAACGUCCGUGCCAAGUGGUACCCAGAGGUUCGCCACCACUGUCCCAACACACCCAUCAUCCUGGUGGGCACCAAGCUGGACCUGAGGGAUGACAAGGACACAAUUGAGAAGCUCAAGGAGAAGAAGCUCACCCCCAUUACCUACCCACAAGGCCUGGCUAUGGCCAAGGAGAUUGGGGCAGUCAAGUAUCUGGAGUGCUCAGCCCUGACCCAGCGAGGCCUGAAAACGGUGUUUGACGAGGCGAUACGGGCCGUUCUCUGCCCCCCGCCCGUGAAGAAGAGGAGGAGAAAGUGCUCCCUGCUCUAAGACUCCCCUACAGAGGAGGUAUCAGGACUGGGGGUCUAGCUCAGUGGGGUGGGUGAGGGUGAAGGGGGAGAUACAGGAAACACAGACACAAAAACAAUUUACUUCAAAUUAUUUCUUGGCUACAUGCUCUAACACAUAACGCUUUCUUUUGUAAAAUUGGGUUUUCGAAAAGGGCUGAAUCUGAGUCCCCAGUCCUUUCAUUUAACACAAUGAACAAACAGAUGUACACUAAUAAAUUCCUGAGGCCUUCAUGGAUUUGAACUUUUGUUAACAUGAUCAUGGAAAGUUUUUAGAUUUGUGUUCUUCCACUGGUAGUUACUAUUGUUUGUUUACAGUCUUUAGUUUUGUUUUGAGUGGAAAGCCUUGUUGCCAAAAUGCAUUCUGCAUAUAUUAAAAGUUGUAGAGUUUUACAAUUACACAGCAGACAGCAGUGGCACUUGCUGUGUCUCCUUGAAGUUUACACCUCAAACGUACAGCAAAAGUUUGGCAAGAUGCACAGAAGCCUGUGGUUAAAAUGUCCUAGUAUUCAUUUACAGUUUGUAAGAGACAGUAUGUAAAAGACUUCAUAAAUGAGGAACCUUAAAGACGACAGCAACAUGUUGAAGAGGCUGUCUUUCGUCUCCGUAAUCCUGAUGUUCCACACAGCUUUUUAAAGGUGACAAACGUUUCCAUUUAGAGCACAGUGAGUCACAUAAGUCCAUGUAUCAUAAAGUCAAUGAGGCAGGGGGGACGACGAUGACAUACAUUUUGGGGCAACUCAUGACUGGUUAAAUCGAACAACAUGUCUGCUUUGUGUUUGUGCCAACUGUGCCGUUUGUGCCAACUGUGCUGUUAAGUCAUCCAAAAGGCCUGUCGUGCAGUAUUCCAAGAGAAUAUCCCCCCCAGCACAUUUUAACUGUCAGUCAAAAACAUGCCACCCCUUAUAGAACAUUCUCAGUUUAGCUUAAACUGAAAUGUUUACGAAAUGUAAUGCCUGUAACUCUUUACAAUGAUAUUUGAUGCUAGGACUGUUUGGGUAUAAAGAGACUAAAUGAGGGCACCUUUAAAUGGUGUUUGGGUAUCUUUUUUAUUUUUAUUUUUUUAAACAUGUACAAUUUGCAUUAGCAUCUGUACUGCAUAACAAACUUCAGGAAGGAAGGCACCUAAAUCACAAGUUCUAAAUGGUUUUACGAAGCUACUCUCAAAAAUGAUAUAAUCUAUAAUCAUCCUUGGUUAUAACCAUGUGAAUUAGCUAUUUGCUUCAUUAUUCUCAGAAGUUACACAUCACUCACUGUAUUUUGAAACUAACACUUCGAAUAUUACUGUUCAGUACCUCCUAUAAAUGAUUAACACUACCUUAAUCUCACUUAGUCUAGAUAUAUUUGUAAUUAAUGCUUUUAGCAUGCAACAGAUUAAAGAAGUAGAAUUGCUACAUUGAUAUAUUUUUGCAUAUUUACAUAUUUGAAAUGUUAGACGAGGGUUAAAAGUAAAUGAGGUUAACUGUUUUAUUCAGGCAUCGGGCUGUACUUCCUCUUUUAGCCAAUGUGACCUUUUGGUUUUAUGGAUAAUGCCAUUGACACUUUUUUUGAGGAAGCCAGUACAUUUUAAUAAAACUUUUUAUUGACUAAA